AUGAACUUGACUCUUCCUCUUGCCAAUUAUGAUAUGGCGUCUCAUGUAACCGUCACCAGGGAGGGUGGCGGCUCUUCACAGCAAGGGGCUUUUUCCACAGUAACGGUUUCACCUUUAGGUGAUUGGUUUGUAGUAAGUGAUGAGACCCAGGCCGUCCUCUGUAGCUUUGAGGUUGAAGACAGAUACCGUUUACAUGGAACCCUGUUGUUUCGACAGUAUGAGUUUGACUCGUCGAUGUUUUGUUUGUUAGAAACUAACGGUGCCGUGAGUGACUUCAAUGCUUCACGUCCUUCGUUACCAAUCCCGCUUUCAGUAAAAAACUUGCACAUUAGCUGCGGUGGUGAAUUGGUUCAUGCCUCUUUUUCUUCCCUUGAUGGGGUAGUAUUGGUGUCGUUCAGUUGUUGUGUUGGAUGUGUUCAAUUUGACACGCAAAAAUCCGCUUUUAUGGGCCACUUUAGUUGUUACAGGAAAUUGAGUGGAGUUUUGUGUUGUGGUAUAGUACCUGACUCGUCGCUGAUGGUUGUUUUGACAAGGGAAGGCUUGUGUGGGGUAGUAAACUUUCGUUCUAACGUUCUCUUGGGUCUCUCGAGUCAUGGAAUUUUCUCCGAACUGGGUCUUCCAUCUUCUCUUACACCUAUGCUUGGGGCGAAAUCGGAUACUGUGGACGUUGUGGCAACCUUUCCGUUACGCGGAAGGGUACACGUGUUUGUGGUCUCCGCAUCACAACAAGAAGUUGAAGACGGGCGUGAAAAAUAUUCCAAGUGCCCCACGUGUGAAUCCCGUCCAUGGAGCUCAAGGGCCCGGUCAUAUGUAAAAAAAUAUGGAACAUCCUUUGUUCUGGCUUCAUUGUGGCAUGAUGUGGUUCAGUUUUCGCUUUGGCAAGGGACCACAUUAGCUGACGCGGCCGUAUUUGAGAAUGAAAUGAGCGUUCCAUAUGUGUCUGGUUUUUGGGUGGAUGACUUGUUUGUGGUGAUACGCGCAGAUGGCAUGGCCCUUCCUUUUUCUUUCUGCUUGAAUGGAGAAGGCUGGGAUGGGAUUAAAGUUGUAUCAGGUAGACCUAUUGAACUGGUAUCUUGUUGCAGUGCCCUUUUAUGUGCAAUGCCUAGAUAUUUCCUGAUUUUGGCCUUGACAAGUAUGGAGUCUUUGUGUAGUGGUAUACCAGGAACAGUUGCCGUCGCUGAUGGUAACAACCAUAGAAGGUUCUUGCAACUGUAUGAAAAUAAAUUGGAGAAACCUGAUGUUUUUUUAAUUGACAUUAUACCAUUUGAAGAGAAUAUUGCUGUGAUAAAUGUGAAACAAUCGGGUGAAUGUUUGGCCUUUGUUCCAUCUGGUUCCCGGGUCAAAUCUAUAUUUUUGGCCCAUGAAGAAAAAGCGGAUAAAGUCACUUGUUGUUUACUUUAUAAACGGCACGAUAUCAUUUUUGUAACGGGGUAUGAGCACGGUAGCGUACAUGUGUGGCUCUCCGGAACAUUGAAAUGUGUUAUUCCCAUGGCGCACACAGGUCGUGUGGAUAAGAUUGUUCUAUUGCCUCAAGAAGAGGGGUAUUUAGAAGCUGACUUUGUCUCAGUGUGCACGGAACGCGGAACCGUGUUAAUUCAUAACUCCGAAACUUUUGAGGGCACUCGUCUUUUGCAGUCCCCAUCUGUGCCUCUUACCAAGCUUGUAUGGGAUCCACAAACCGAGUAUGCGUUUGCAGUUUCUGGAAAUGUUGGGAAUCUCUGGCACUUACCCACAUGUCGUUUGGAGCGGGUCUUUCAUAACGUUUCAGCCGUCUCUGCAGUUCCAGGACGACGCGAUUUGUUGGCUUCCUUCGCGGAAGUUGGCCCCGUCAUAAUUGACCGAAUUACCAUUUGUGGUAGAAUUCACUUUUCAUUAAGAGUGAAUGUUCUUCCUCUAAUAGAUAUAUUGACUCAACGCGAAGCAGGCGAUAUAACUCCUGCAUGCCGAUUGGCGUUGUCCAUUUUGUUUCCUAGCUCAAAAGGUGUGGAUUCUAACCUUCAGGGACCGCUUACUUUGCCUGAAGCAGGAUUCAAUGGGAGUAAUUUUUCCAUCUCUGCCGUCUGUGCAGAGCAGUCUGCAGGCUAUCUUCUCUCGGUCGUUCUUCUUGCACGAGCGCUGAAACCUUCUACAGGAGUUAAUCGUGCGAUAUCCGCGUCAGAAGUCCAGGCACUGAGUGAGUCUCUUGUGAGUUCAGGGCGGAUUGAGGCGUCACCAGCACCUGAAAAGGUCAUUCUUCAGGCCAUCCCGCUUCUUCUACAGGUGUCUGAUGCAGCCAAAAACGACAUCCGUGUAUGCAUCAAGGUGGCUGCGGAAGAAAUGGCGUCCCCACAUUUGGAAGGUUUUCUAAACAAAAUGCUUAUUAUGUCUUUAGAAUGUGUAUCAGUUCGUCAUUGGUUUGGUGUUUCAACUAACCUUGGUGAGACGGAGCUGUGGUGCUAUGGAUUCUUUGUUAGAAUGGUCUUUCUGGGCAACAUGCCGUCUACCGAUGGAAUCGUUUGGAGAUCUAUUUUAGAGAAGCUUGAGUCCGACGUGCCACUUUUGACGCAGGUGUUGACCACGCAAGAAGACGAAAUUUGCGUACCGUUGCUGCUUCAGACUCUCAAAGACUAUUAUCACGAUUUGGUAGGGACCGUACUGAGCGAUUCUAAAGCGGUUGUGGAUGCGAUUGCCACGUUGGCGUUUGAGGGGCAGAACAAGAAUGGCGUCUUGGCCAUUAAAACCCUCAUGAGCAUCGCCAGUAUUGAGGGAAAUGGCUUUAUUGAGCACCGUGUUAAGCAGUGGUACAAUCAAAAGCGGUCGUGGAGGCCCCGCAUCAUCGCCUUUUUUGGCGCCCUCAUUGAGUUCGCGCCGCUUCAGUCGUAUGACGCCUUCCCAAUCGUGACGGAAUUUCUUCUUCGAGCUCUCGACCCCCACAACCCAAACAAGGAGGAGCGAGAGUCAUGCCUGAUGCCUGUCACGCAAGUAAUUCGACGCGCCGUAGAAUACUUGCCGAAUGUUUCCUUUCAGCAGCACCUGCAAUAUUUGGCGGUUGGCAGCAGUGACGGUGUCGUACGAGUUAUUAAUAUGAAGACAACAGGCAUUGUCGCCUCAUUUGUUUCUCACCCUGAGAAAAUAUUAUGCGUUGCCUACAGUAGCAACACCACCACCCACGACAUUGCGGUUUUGAGUGAAAAGAUGGAAAGUAUUAAAAUAUGGCACGCGACUCGCCCUGUCGGUUUGCUGGGUGUGAUUUUUGCAGGUCAACUGCCUGAGUUUCGCUUGAAGUUCACCGUCGAAAUUCCGAAAGUAAAUAAGGAAGAACACCCUGGAGGCCCUGAUCCCUUGUUGAUGAUGGCCAAAUGUCGGCUACGAUGGCUUUCGCCACACUGCGUGGAGCUGAGUUCCCCGUGGCAUGACAGGAUUCAAUUGGCUGUGGGGUAG